AUGGUGCCCUCACCGUCUCCCAAGAAGAAGGCCCACAAGGCUCUGGACCUGAAGGUGAAGCUCAACAUCAUCGAGAGGAUGAAGAAGGGUGCCAGGGUGUCCAGCUCGGUGAAGGAGCUGGGACUUGCAGGCAGCACCGUCAGCACGAUGUGGUGCAAGCGGGACCGGUACAAGGGACUGGCCAAGACUGCCGUUGACGCUGAGCGCUUGAAGGUGGUGAGGACGAGAAAUGAGAAGAUAGAUAAGAUGGAAUGCAUGCUGUGCUCGUGGGUCGAGGACCGGGUUCAGCGACAUCAGCCUCUCAGCCAGGGCCUUAUUUGUGAUGAAGCUUCGUCGCUGUACUCGAGUCUUGUCGACGAGCAACAGCAACAGCCCUCCACUUCUUUUGCGUCUCCUUCGGCGCCUCCUGCCACCUUCAAGGCCAUCCACGGCUGGUUUUGCCGGUUUAAGGAACGGGCUGGACUUCACAGUCUCCGCAUUCAGGGCGAGGCAGCCGCUGCGGACACUGUUGGAGCACAGGAGUUUCCUGCCACGCUGCAGAAGGUGGUGCAGUUCAAUGGCUACGACCGCCGUCAGUUCUUUGAUAUCGAAGAGACGGAUCUCUAUUGGAAGAGGAUGCCCAGCAGGACCUUCUUGUUCCAGGAGGAGAAGGUUGCACCAGGUUUCAAGGCUGCCAAGGACCGCCUCACCCUGACUCUUGGCUGCAACGCUUCAGGAGAUGUACACAAAAGCCAAAACCUGGACAACGCACCUGAUCACCAGCCCAACAUGAAUGACUGGUGCGACAACGUCCAGGUUGUCUUCCUGCCGCCCAACACCACGUCCGUCCUUUAG